AUGCCCUUUCAGUCGACGUCUCCUGCUACACCACGUUCAUCGACUUCCCCCUCCCGUCGCCUCCACUUCCCCCUCCCUUCGCCUCCACUUCCCCCUCCCUUCGCCUCCACUUCCCCCUCCCGUCGCCUCCACUUGCCCCUCCCGACGCCUCCACUUCCCCCUCCCGUCGCCUCCACUUCCCACUCCAGUCGCCUCCACUUCCCCCUCCCGUCGCCUCCACUUCCCCCUCCCGUCGCCUCCACUCCCCCCUCCCUUCGCCUCCACUUCCCCCUCCCGUCGCCUCCAUUUCCCCCUCCCGUCCCCUCCACUUCCCCCUCCUGUCGCCUCCACUUCCCCCUCCCCCUGCUACCCUUGUCAUUCUCCCUUCCCCUCUGCUCCAUUCGCCCGCACUGCGCAUGUUCAUCCGAUGCCAACUCCCUCCCCUCCCCAUCCCCCUGA